AUGGCCGAUAGUAUCAAAGACGAAAGCGAAUCGCCGGGCCGGAUCGUGGGCGCCUCGAGCUCAAGAGAUGUGCUUCCUCGGCUGUCACCACCGGGCGACCAAGAAGCCACCUCAUACUACCGGUACCUGCCAUCCCAACCACGUCUUCUGGGCCACACGACGUCGGGGGUCAUACCGUGGCCGCCACCUUUUCAACCCUUGCCGAACGAGUACGUGUCUCACCAAGAGUCACCAAAGAACGUCUUGGCGCCCAUUGGUGACCACCUCAUUGUUGCCAUCUGGGACAACAUCGAGCCCCUAAUUCAACACGCACUGUCCCGCUUACCCUGGACGUCAAUCGACGUUUUUCGUAUCGGCUUGCAAAACAAGCGAAUCCUUGAUCGGCCAGUUGUUGUGUGGGUGGGAAUCGGCACCAGCAGAGUGUCCUGGGACAACCAGGUCGCGCCCGCCCUGCGAGCAGUCCGCACCAUCCUAGACGACGCAAACUUGCGGGACGUGGAGAGCGAGUUCCGCACAUCGGAUGUCCACUAUCUAUCGAGCCCUGUCUUACUGAGUCCCAGCAAGAUAGGCCUUCUUACUCCAAAGUUCUACGAGUGCACCAACGUCAUUGGAACUGCUAUUGGGUAG